AUGUCACCCCCCACGGCCCCAAUGACCUUCUAUGACAUCGCUCUAGCACCUCCUGUCACAAAAUCCUCCUGCUCCCCAAAUCCCUGGAAAAGCCGCUACGCCCUGAACUUCAAAAAUGUCCCCUACAAAACAACCUGGGUACCCCUACUCGCCAUCAGCUCCGUCCGCGGCGCUCUCAACAUCCCCGCCUCGCGCAAAUUCGUCGACGGAUCCCCCUAUCAAACCCUACCUGUUCUCUCCGACCCAGCUACCGGGCGCACAGUGGGCGACUCCUUAGAGAUCGCGAUAUACCUACAGGAACAAUACCCGUCGUCGGGGGCGGGAGACUUAUUCCCGGCGCAGGCACUGGAGUUCGUCUUUGGGCGGGAUUUGGGACUUUACGCGCCGAUUGCAGAGGCGCAGGUCGCGGAGGGGCCUGCUGCUGCGUACGCGAAGUUUAAUACGAAUGUCGAUGCUGUGUUUAGUGCGCAUGCACGCCUGAUGGCGCUUGGCAUGCCUUUUGAUCCGGCUGUUGCGGAGGAGUGCAAGGCUAUGUUCUCGAAGAGGAUGGGUGUGCCGUGGGAGGCUUUGGCGCUUGGUGGGGAGGAGAGGGAGGAGUUGUUGAGGUCGUUUGAGGAGACUUUGGGUGGACUUGCGAAGUUGUAUACGAAUGAUGCGAGUGGGCCGUUCCUGAUGGGGGGCAAGGCAAACUAUGCGGAUUUCAUUGUUGGGGGGUGGUUGCGCAUGAGUCGGGGUAUGUUGCCGGUGGAGGAGUGGGAAGCGUUGAAGGGAUGGCAUGGCGGUGUAUUCGGAAGGUUACAUGAGGCGCUGGAAGUGUUUGCGCAGAUGGACUAG